UCUAGUGAUGAGCCCGCAGGCAAGCAAUAAGUAGUUAUCGAAAAUAAAAAUACCGACUUGGUGAGUUGGUAUUUUCCACCAGCUGAUUCAACCAGUACUGGAAAACAUUAAAUUAUUGUGUAUUGCUUGCAUCUAUCUGUCCUUAAUUUAUUAAUUUACUAAAAGUUAAUAAUAAUUCAACUGGAUGCGCUGCGGUGAUUUGCAGCAGAUUCAGCAGCCUCCAGCACGUUCGAUCAACUACGUUAAAGAGGAAUAAAUAGCAGGUGGGUUAGUGUGGACCGGCAAUGUGCUUUUUAAGAUGUCCCGGCUUGCUGAUUACUUUGUAAUUGUUGGCUACGACAGCGAUAAAGAGAAGACUGCCAGCAAUGUGUGUGGGCAGCCAAUAUGCGGAAAAAUUGUUCAACGCUUUCCUGAGAAAGAUUGGCCCGACACGCCGUUUAUCGACGGAAUUGAAUGGUUCUGCCAGCCCCUGGGAUGGAAUUUAUCGUAUGAAAAACAAGAGCCCAAAUUCUUCAUUUCUGUUCUCACGGACAUCGAUGCCAAUAAGCAUUACUGUGCGUGCCUGAGCUUUCACGAGACGCUGGCCAUCACACAGACGAGAAGCGUGGACGAUGAGGACGAGACCAUAGGAGGUAGCAGCAGGCUGCUUGGUGCGGUAGUCCCGCUGGAAUCUGGUAUCGCCGAAGCGACAUCUCAAAAUACACACCACAGCGUCAUGUAUGCCCCAAAGUGUUUGGUGCUGAUAUCACGCCUGGACUGUGCCGAGACCUUUAAGAACUGCCUGGGGACGAUGUACACGGUGUACAUCGAGAACUUGUCAUAUGCCAUGGAGACACUGAUAGGAAACAUCCUUGGCUGCAUUCAAGUGCCCCCCGCGGGAGGGCCCCAGGUCAGGUUUUCAAUUGGAGCAGGGGACAAGCAAUCGCUUCAGCCACCGCAAAGUUCCUCGCUGCCCACAACCGGCAGUGGUGUGCAUUUCCUUUUUAAGCAACUGGGAAUUAAGAAUGUCCUCAUACUCCUCUGCGCUGUGAUGACGGAAAACAAAAUCCUUUUCCUCUCAAAAUGCUACUGGCACUUGACGGAGAGCUGCAAGGCUUUGGUGGCUCUGAUGUAUCCGUUUCGAUAUACGCAUGUCUACAUACCCAUACUGCCGGCACCUCUCACCGAAGUACUGUCCACUCCCACGCCCUUCAUUAUGGGAAUACACAGCUCGCUGCAAACUGAAAUUACGGAUCUCCUGGAUGUCAUUGUCGUAGAUUUGGAUGGCGGUCUCGUCACCAUUCCGGAGGCACUUACACCCCCGGUCCCCAUUCUGCCAUCACCUCUGUGGGAGCAGACGCAGAAUCUGCUCAGUAUGAUACUCUUCCCGAACCUUGCGCAGGCAGAUUUCGCGUUUCCCACCCAAGAGCGCCCGGCUGCGCUGGCCAAGACAGAUGCCCAGAUUGACAAGGAACUUCGUGCCAUUUUUAUGCGACUCUUUGCCCAGCUGCUGCAGGGCUAUCGCUCUUGCCUGACCAUAAUUCGGAUCCAUCCGAAGACGGUCAUCACCUUCCACAAGGCUGGCUUUCUCGGCGCCCGCGAUCUGAUAGAGAGCGAGUUUUUGUUUCGCGUCUUGGAUAGCAUGUUUUUCACUACGUUCGUCAAUGAGCGAGGACCUCCUUGGCGUGCCUCGGAUGCAUGGGAUGAACUCUACAGCUCUAUGAACGAGCUACUUAAACUGGAAGCUCAGAAUCGAAAUCUCAUAAUACCACAUAUCCAGGAACUGGGACGCACUCUCUUCGAUAAUGAAAGCUCCUUUGCGCAUAGCAAUUAUGCCCAGAAGGUUUUGCGCCCACCGGAGGGAGCCUUUCAGCGCAUACAUCAGCCCUCUUUUCCGCGCAUAAGCGUGGAAAAGGUAGAGCUGAUUAUUCAGGAAGGCAUUCGAAAGAAUGGCGGGGCACCGCGCUUCCACGUGACGCGAAAUCAACAUCGGAUCAUUCCCAUGGGACCAAGGCUUCCCGAGGCUUUGGAUGUGCGUCCAAAUGUGCAAAACUCGGCUCGCCGACUUGAGGUGCUGCGCACGUGUGUGUCUUAUAUCUUUGAGAAUCGGAUUGCAGAUGCACGAAAACUGUUGCCCGCCGUUAUGCGCACGCUCAAGCAUCGAGACGCUAGGUUGAUCCUCUGUAGGGAGCUCUUUGGAUACGUGCAUGGGAACAAAGCGAUCCUGGACCAUCAGCAGUUUGAGCUAGUGCUGAGAUUCAUGAACAAGGCGUUGCAAAAUUCAUCUGGCGUGGAUGAGUAUACCGUGGCAGCGGCUCUGCUGCCAAUGUCUACGAUUUUCUGUAGAAAACUUUCCACGGGAGUGGUUCAGUUUGCGUAUACCGAGAUACAGGAUCAUGGAAUAUGGAAGAAUCUUCAGUUCUGGGAAUCUACAUUCUACCAGGAUGUACAGGGCCAAAUUAAGGCACUGUAUCUGCUGCAGCGUCGCCAGAACGAACACCACAAGGAGGCAAACUGUGUACUGGACGAGGUGCCACUGGAGGAGCCCACAGCGCUAGAGAUAACAGCAGAACAACUGCGGAAGAGCCCCACUAUCGAGGAGGAAAAAAAGGCCGAACUGGCCAAGUCCGAGGAGUCCACUUUGUACAGCCAGGCAAUACAUUUUGCCAACCGAAUGGUCUCACUUCUGAUACCACUCGACGUCAAUGUGGAUGCAGCCAGCAAGCCGAAGCCAGCCUUUCGUUUGGAGGAAAAUCAGAGUGUUUCCAACAGUAUUUUGGGCUCCCAUAGUCUGAGCGAACAUUCCGACGAAGGCUUCGAGGAGAACGAUGCCCUGGAAAUAGGUGUCACGGUUGGGAAAACAAUUUCACGCUUUAUUGACUGCGUCUGCACAGAGGGUGGUGUCACAUCAGAGCACAUACGCAACCUGCACGACAUGGUGCCGGGGGUGGUGCACAUGCAUAUAGAGUCCCUAGAGCCGGUUUAUUUGGAGGCCAAACGACAUCCGCAUGUCCAGAAGCCCAAGAUUCAAACACCCUGCCUGUUGCCAGGCGAGGAGCUGGUGACAGACCAUUUGCGCUGCUUUCUGAUACCAGAUGGACGCGAGGAUGAUACGCAAUGCCUCAUACCUGCCGAAGGAGCUCUGUUCCUCACCAACUAUCGUGUGGUUUUCAAAGGUUCGCCCUGCGAUCCCCUCUUCUGCGAACAGACCAUCGUUCGCUCCUUUCCCAUUUCCUCUCUGCUGAAGGAGAAAAAGAUAUCAGUGCUGUACUUGGCCCACCUUGAUCAGACGUUGCCGGAGGGCCUGCAGCUUCGCUCUAGUACCUUUCAGCUCCUGAAGGUAGCUUUCGAUACGGAAGUGACGCCAGAGCAGAUUGAGAAUUUUCGAAAAAUAUUAAGCAAGUCUCGGCAUCCAUUCGACGAAUUCGAGUACUUUGCCUUUCAGUCGUAUGGCACUAUGCUGCAAGGUGUCGCCCCACUGAAAACAAAGGAGAAAUACUCCACGCUUAAGGGAUUCGCUAAGAAAACUCUGCUGCGCACGGCCAAAAAGGCUGGAUUCAAGCAGAAGCAGCAGACCAAGCGGAAGCUGGUGACAGACUACGAGCUGGCCGGUGGUACAGAUGCCGUGGAAACCCAAUCGAUUGACGAUGAGCUGGAGGAUGGGGAUGAAUUCGAGUCCCAGAAUAAUGCAUUGCCUCGUCUGUUGACCACAAAGGACAUGGAACGCAUGCGCGAGCGGAGCUACGUGUUGGAUUGGAAGCGACUUGGCUUCGAUGCAGAGUCCCAGCGUGGAUUCCGGAUCAGCAAUGCCAAUGCCAGCUAUGCCACCUGUCGCUCCUACCCAGCCAUCAUUGUUUCGCCUGUGCAGUGCAGCGAUGCAGCCAUUAUACACCUGGGGCGCUACUUUAAGGGCCAGCGCAUACCGCUGCCCACCUGGAGGCACGACAACGGAGCUCUUCUCAUCCGUGGUGCCCAGCCCAACAGCAAGUCAGUCAUCGGAAUGCUCAAGAACACCACAGGGGGGAAUGCCAAUAUCCAUCACGAUGUAACACACUUCCCCGAGCAGGACAAGUAUUUUUUGGCUCUAAUCAAUACGAUGCCGAAGCUGGCGCCCCUGAAUUUGACCCAGUACACGGGCAUGAAUCUGUCAAUGAGCUCGCUGCUUGGACACGGUCACGGCUCUGCCGAUGAUCGCCCAUCGCUCACUCCGGAACUGCCGCGCAAGCACAAAAACAACCUCGAUGUUAGCAAUGGCAGCAAGUCAAGUGGGACAAUGAAGGGAAAUUCGGCCAAUACAUCCGCAAAUGCCUUCCGCAAGAUGCGUCUGUAUGCUCUGGGUGAAAAAUCACAAGCAAAAUCGAAUCUGAACGUGGAAUACUGUGCAGACUUUAUUCCCGUGGACUAUCCAGACAUUAGGCAAUCGAGGCCGGCAUUUAAAAAACUUAUACGGGCCUGCAUGCCCUCGCAUAAUGCUAGCGAUGCCGAUGGCCAGAGCUUUGCCAAAAUGGUGGAGCAGUCCGAUUGGCUCCAGCAAAUCUCCUCGCUAAUGCAAUUGUCUGGCGCUGUUGUGGAUCUCAUCGACCUGCAAGAGAGCAGUGUUAUGCUGUCUCUGGAGGAUGGCUCCGAUGUGACCGCUCAGCUGUCAUCGAUAGCACAGCUCUGCCUGGAUCCAUACUACCGCACUCUUGAUGGAUUUCGCGUGCUGGUGGAGAAGGAGUGGCUGGCCUUUGGUCAUCGGUUUGCGCAUCGCAGCAAUCUGAAACCCUCGCACGCGAACACAAACAUUGCCUUUGCUCCGACAUUUCUACAAUUUCUUGACGUAGUUCAUCAGCUGCAGCGACAGUUUCCCAUGGCAUUUGAGUUCAAUGAUUUCUAUCUGAGAUUCUUGGCGUAUCAUGUGGUGUCGUGUCGGUUUCGAACGUUUCUCUUCGACUGCGAAUUGGAGCGAUCGGACUCAGGAAUAGCCGCCAUGGAGGACAAGCGGGGAUCUCUUAAUGCAAAGAACAUAUUUGGCGUGAGUGGCAUCGCGUCGAAUGGCUCAGAUGACGAGUGCAAUGUGUAUCCUCUCGACUUACGAAGCCCACGCACUCCCACACAGCUGAAUCGCAUUGGCCAUUCCAUCUUUGACUACAUAGAGAGGCAGCACAACAAGACGCCCAUUUUCUACAACUUUCUCUAUUCGCCCGACAAGGAGAUGACGCUGCGUCCGCAAAACAAUGUGGCUGCCCUAGACCUUUGGAGCUACUACACCAAUGAGGAACUGGCGCAGGGACCACCAUACGAUCUGGAAGUCACCACCGUGGAUGAUGAAAUAGAUCUGUCCGAAAUGAGGGGCAAGCGUAUGGUUAUUACUGCCGGCUACGACAACAUGGAAAAGUGCAAUCCCAACGCCUAUGUCUGCCUGCUCAGCGAGGUCAAGCACGCGGAGACGGAACGUGGACACUUGCCACAAAAGUGGUUACAGGUCUGGAACAAUCUGGUUGUUCCGAAAAUAGAGCCGAUACCCCAUAACGCGUCGCUCGGCAGUAUUUUUGUCCAGACGCAUCAGCAUAAACGGUCCACACUGGAAAUCAUAAUGAAAGGCCGACUGGCGGGAUAUCAAGAUAAAUACUUUCAUCCGCAUCGCUUUGAGAAGCAUCCCUAUACGACGCCCACAAACUGCAAUCACUGCACAAAGCUGCUUUGGGGUCCGGUUGGAUAUCGUUGCAUGGAUUGUGGUAAUUCGUAUCAUGAAAAAUGCACGGAGCUAUCGAUGAAGAAUUGCACAAAGUACAAGGCCAUAGACGGGGCUGUCGGUGCGCCGAAUGUAAAUAUGUCUCAGGGAGACACGGCCAGUAUUGCCUCAAGUGCUGCCACCACAGCUAGGACAUCCAGUCAUCACUUUUACAAUCAAUUUAGUAGUAACGUUGCUGAAAAUCGCACUCACGAGGGUCAUCUCUACAAACGUGGUGCAUUGCUCAAGGGAUGGAAGCAGCGCUGGUUCGUCCUUGACUCGAUUAAACAUCAACUGCGCUACUAUGACACGUCAGAGGAUACUGCUCCCAAGGGAAUUAUUGAAUUGGCGGAGGUGCAGUCGGUAACUGCGGCACAACCAACACAAAUUGGCGCAAAGGGCGUGGACGAAAAAGGAUUCUUUGAUUUGAAAACAUCAAAACGCACCUACAAUUUCUAUGCCGUCAAUGCGAAUCUGGCCCAAGAAUGGAUAGAAAAGCUGCAGGCAUGCCUGCAAUAAAAAAAGAAGAAGCAAUUCCGAUGCGGAUGUCUAACUGGAUUGCCGUUUUGUUGUGUGCUGAAUCUUUCGUUUUGUUAUAGGAUAUCCGGGUAAUCCAGUUCAUGCUCAUGUUCUUUGGCUCUGUGUAUCAUAUCAUUAAGAAGCAAAUUCAGCAUACCUUAGCAUUGUCUUUGUUCAUAUUCAUUACACACAAGUGUUUGGCCAAGCAACAAGAUCUAUAGCCUUUGCGAAAUGUGAAUACGUGAAGGAACCUACAAAGUUAUGUGAUUAUACAAAAAAUAUGAUGCUAUCUAACGAUAAAAACGGAAAAACGCCAACCCAGCAACAAUUUUUAUAUACAUUUUUGAUAUAUACAUAUAUAUAGCUAUAGCUAUAUGCAUAAAUAUAAAUCUACAUACAAAUAUAGGGAUAU